AUGGGUGUCCAACUCGCAGGAAAUGGCCCUGGUGAGCCACCUAUGAACCCCUUCGUGGCGGUUCCGCUGUUCGCUGUCGGAGGCUUUGUGGCCAUUCUGUUUCUCUGGCGAACCACCAUCCGAAUUCAACAUAGUCGUCGGUUCAAGCUGGCCCAGCAGGUGGACGACCAGACACAACUAUCUCAGGCGAACUCUACCUCUGCAAAGUUAAAAAGGCAUUUGCUAUAUGCACCACUAUGGGGGACCCGUCAUAGCCGGGAGUUUCGACUACUUAGACUACACAUGGGCUCUAUUCCAUUACGACUGGAGGUGAUUUUCCUCGUGAUCUAUCUCCUGAUGAAUUUCAUAUUCGUCGUGGUCACCGUCGACUGGUGGGAAGACUACUCCAAAAAGCUGUUUCAGCUCAAGUACGCUGCUGGACACCUGGCUGUCAUGAACACUCCUGGGUUGGUCUUGAGUGCUGGACGGAAUAACCCCUUGGUUCCCCUAUUAGGGCUUUCCUUCGACACUUUCAACUUCAUGCAUCGUUGGGUCGGGCGUGUCAUCGCAGCCAAUGCUGUGAUUCACAUGAGUAGUGUGCUGGCAAAUCAGGCCUAUCUUAACGGGUCGGAAUAUAUAAUGUACAGGAUCUGGCAAAUGCCUUUCUAUAUUUAUGGGCUUGUGGCUAUACUGGGCUUUAUCUUCAUCGUUAUUCAAUCCUUGUCGCCGGUCCGACAUUCAUUAUACGAGCUGUUCCUUCACUUGCAUAUCGCCUUGGCCGUGAUGUCUUUCGUCGCUUUGUGGUACCAUCUCAAGAACCUACUGCAACAACGGGUUCUGCUUGGCACAUUGAUUCUAUGGGGCUUAGAUCGAGCGGGGCGACUUGCAAUCCUAAUCUGGCGAAAUUGUGGCAAAAGACGCACUAUGGCCACAGUGGAAGCGCUUCCAGGCUCCGUGGCACGCGUCGACAUUGAAGUAUCUCGAGCCUGGAAAUUCAAGCCUGGCCAGUACAUGUACCUAUACAUGCCUUGCCUGGGCCUUUGGACUUCCCACCCUUUUACGGUCGCAUGGACAUCUAGUGGAACUGAAUCAUUGAACCUAACGGAGAAGAACAGCUCAAGUGAUUCAUUUGCUUCUCUGAUCGGGGGCUCUGAAACGACAACUAUGUCUGUCCUUAUUAAGGGCCAGGACGGUUUCACGAAAAAACUUCUCAAAAAAGUGGAGGAUUCUCCCGAGGGAACAAUCAAAGCCACGGCGUUAGCGGAGGGGCCAUUCGGAGGCAUUCACACUCUUGCUUCGUAUGGAACUCUGCUUCUGGUUGCAGGCGGGAUUGGGAUUACUCACCCAAUGUCAUAUCUCCACGAGGUUGUCACCAAUUUUGCUUCUCGCAAAUCUGCCACCCGCAAAGUGCAUCUUGUGUGGAUGAUUCGGAAUUUAGAUCAUCUCGCAUGGAUUCAUAACUGGAUGACUGAAAUUUUCGGUCACAGUUCGUUGAAUCAUUCCAUCAAUGAGAAAGGGGAAACGUUCUCCCAAUGUCUAAACUUGAGCCUUUCAAUCAGCAUCCAUGUCACUGGCCUCAAAGAUGAUGUCGAAGAAUACCUCCCUACACCAGAAACACCAUGGACUGAUUACGCACCGUCAAAUGUCCCAGUCAGCAUCCAUCAUGAGAAGCCCUGUUUCCGCAGUCUUUUAGAGACUGAGAAGUCUGAGCAAGUCGGGGCGCUUGCUGUUAGUGUCUGUGGCCCUGGCGGCUUAGGUGACAGCGUCCGCGAUGCUGUGCGUCAUGUGCAGGGAGAGAAGACCGUCGAUCUAUUCGAAGAAACGUUCUCUUGGUAA